GUAGCUAAGGGGAAACGAAAACAAAGCCGAUUUCUCCUUGGCAACGAGAGAUACCCCCUCCCGCCGCCCCCCCUUCCUUUUUCCUUCUGGUUCUGAACGUGAAACCCUGUUGGAAACAGGUCCCUUGACCCUCGCCCUUGACAUUCAAAUGGCUGAAUGGAGGAGAGAUCGCUACUCGCACGUCUUGGGGUGCUUUUCUCUCUCUCUCUCUCUCUCUUUUCUUUCAAAUGAGUAAUCCCUGAAGAUCUUAACUCCCCAAUUUCAUCACCCUCACCUCCCCCCUUUAUUUUUCUCGCGCUCCCCUCCGCACUCCCGCCUGCUUCCCUCCGCCGUGCGCCCCCCUCCUUUUUCUAUUUGCAUCUCGAGUCCAAAAGGCAGAAAAUACACACGCGGCGAAGACACCGGGCAGCCGCGGAGGCUCCAGCCCGCCCGUGGUCGCCAGUUACCUCGUUGUGGAUCUGCCAGGGCCGCGGUGGCCGAAGGUGCCCGGGCGCCGGCUGGAGGGAGAGGCUUUGGAUCAUCUUAGGGAGGAAAAAAAAAAAAAAAAAAGACUGAUUUUUUUAUUUUCCUCCGUCGCUCUCGGGAUCGCUCUUCUGAGUCUAUUUUAUUGUUUUGGACAUUUUUGAGCCCGUGGCUUGGACGACGCUUUUUGUCUCAUUGCUGGGUUUUAUUUUUUUUUUCCCCCUCUUCUUCAUCCUUUCCUGGCCACUAUGGAAUUCUAAUUUGAAUCAUGUUUGGACUGAAGCCGCCUCUGUAUUACUUACCAGGCAUGAGCCAUGAGCCCAAGUCCCCUUCACUAGGGAUGCUUUCCACCGCGACCAGGACCACCGCCACCGUCAACCCCCUCACCCCCUCGCCGCUCAAUGGCGCCCUGGUGCCCAGUGGCAGCCCCGCUACCAGCAGUGCGCUGUCGGCCCAGGCCGCGCCGUCCGCCAGCUUUGCCGCGGCACUGCGCAAGCUCGCCAAACAGGCGGAGGAGCCCAGAGGGUCUUCACUGAGCAGCGAGUCGUCCCCCGUGUCCUCUCCGGCCACCAACCACAGCUCGCCCGCCAGCACACCCAAGCGCGUGCCGAUGGGCCCCAUCAUCGUCCCCCCUGGGGGCCACAGCGUGCCCAGCACGCCCCCUGUGGUGACCAUUGCCCCAACUAAGACCGUCAAUGGCGUCUGGAGGAGUGAGAGCCGGCAGGACGCCAGCUCGAGGGGCAGCGGCGGCCGGGAACGCCUCAUCGUGGAGCCCCCACUGCCCCAGGAGAAGGCAGGGGCCCCAGCCAUCCCCUCCCACCUGCUCAGCGCCCCCUACCCUUUUGGCAUCUCCCCCAGCUCUGCUGUGCAGGACUCCCGCUUCCCGCCGCUCAACCUCCAGCGGCCAGUGCACCACGUGGUGCCCCCGAGCACGGUGACCGAGGAUUACCUGAGGAGCUUCCGGCCCUACCACACCACCGAGGACCUCCGCAUGUCCUCCCUGCCUCCCCUCGGCCUGGACCCGGCCACCGCCGCAGCCUACUACCACCCCAGCUACCUGGCCCCGCACCCCUUCCCCCACCCGGCCUUCAGGAUGGACGACUCCUACUGCCUGUCAGCCCUGCGGUCCCCCUUCUACCCACUGCCCACCCCUGGCUCCCUGCCCCCGCUGCACCCAUCGGCUAUGCAUCUCCACCUGUCCGGGGUCCGCUACCCACCUGAGCUCUCCCACUCAUCCCUGGCGGCGCUGCACUCAGAGCGGAUGUCCGGCCUUGGCGCUGAGAGGCUGCAGAUGGACGAGGAGCUGAGGCGCGAGCGGGAACGCGAGAGAGAAGCCGACCGCGAGCGGGAGAAGGAGCGUGAGCGGGAGCGGGAGAAGGAGCUGGAGCGGGAGCGCGAGCGCGAGCGGGAGCGGGAGCUGGAGCGCCAGCGGGAGCAGCGGGCGCGCGAGAAGGAGCUGCUGGCCGCCAAGGCCUUGGAGCCCGCCUUCCUGCCUGUGGCCGAGCUGCAUGCGCUGCGUGGCCACGCGGAAGAGCGGAUCAAGCCCUCGGAGCAGCUGACCCCGACCAGAGCAGAGAAGCUGAAGGACACGGGCCUACCAGCGCCCAAGCCUGUGCAGCACCCCUUGCACCCGGCGCCCACGCCCCACCAUGCCAUGCCCGGCCUCCUCUCCAACCAUGGCAUCUUCUCGCUGCCGGGCAGCAGCGCCGCCACGGCCCUGCUCAUCCAGCGCACCAACGAGGAGGAGAAGUGGCUGGCGCGGCAGCGGCGCCUGCGGCAGGAGAAGGAGGACCGGCAGUCGCAGGUGUCGGAGUUCCGGCAGCAGGUGCUGGAACAGCACCUGGAUAUGGGCCGGCCCGCGGUUCCCACGGAGGCGGAGCACAGGCCGGAGAGCGCCAGCCAGCAUUUCCCGAGCACCUGCGGUCCGCCCAGCGUCCUGCUGAGCUUUCUCACCUGGUGUUUCCUUUCAUCUUCAGUCCCCAUUUUGCCCGUGAGGAAGCAGAGACGGAGGAGGGCGAGGAGGCCGGGACCAAACCGUCAAGAGCCAGGCAGCCGAGAUCCCCCGCAGCAUUUUGGGGGGCCCCCACCCCUCAUCUCACCCAAGCCGCAGGUCCACUCUGUGCCCACGGCCCUCUGGAACCCUGUGUCCCUGAUGGACAGCAGCCUGGAGCCACGGCGGGCCCCCGAGAGCCACCCUCUGCACAGCCACCCCAGCCCGUUUGAGCCCGGCCGCCAGGCGGCAGUCCCGCUGGUGAAGGUGGAGCGGGUCUCCUGCCCAGAGAGGGCAGAGGAGGGGCCCCGGAAGCGUGAGGGCGCGCCCCUGGACAAGUACCAGCCGCCACCACGGGAGCCUGGGAGUCUGGACCACCAGGCCUUCCCACAUGGUCCCGGGCCCUUCCUGGCUGAGCUCGAGAAGUCCACGCAGACCGUCCAGCCGCGGGCCCCCCUCACCCAGCCAGCCCCCUUUGGGGAGCUCACCGGGCCGCUGAAGCCAGGCUCACCCUACUGGCCCGCAGCGCCACGGGGCCCCGACCCCGCCUACAUCUACGACGAGUUCCUGCAGCAGCGGCGGAGGCUGGUCAGCAAGCUGGACCUGGAGGAGCGCCGGCGGCGGGAGGCCCAAGAGAAAGGGUACUACUAUGACCUGGAUGACUCCUACGAUGAGAGUGACGAGGAGGAGGUCAGGGCCCACCUCCGCUGCGUGGCCGAGCAGCCGCCUCUCAAGCUGGACACGUCCUCCGAGAAGCUAGAGUUUUUGCAACUUUUUGGCUUGACCACCCAACAGCAGAAGGAGGAGUUGCUGACCCAGAAGCGGAGGAAGCGGCGGCGGAUGCUGAGGGAGAGAAGCCCGUCCCCCCCGAUGAUUCGGAACAAGCGGCAGACGCCUUCGCCGAGACUGGCUCUGACCACCCGCUACAGCCCCGACGAGAUGAACAACAGCCCCAACUUCGAAGAGAAGAAGAAGUUCCUGACCAUCUUCAGCCUGACCCACGUCAGCGCUGAGAAGAGGAAAGACAAAGAGAAACUUGUUGAAAUGCUCCAUGCCAUGAAGCAGAAGGCACUGGCCGCCGCUGUGGCAGAUGCACUCAGAAACUCUCCGAGGGACAGUCCUGCUGCCCCCCUGAGCGAACCAGCCGCUCAGCACGCCUCUCUGGAUGUGGAGAAGCCUGUGGGUAUUGCUGCUUCCUUGUCUGACGUCCCAAAGGCCACAGAGCCUGGGAGACUGGAACAGCUCCGGCCCCAGGAGCUAGGGCGAGUCCAGGAGCCAGCUCCCACCAGCAGUGAGAAGGCCAGGCUGAGUGAGGCCCCUGGGAGCAAGAAGAGCCUCAGCAUGCUUCAUUACAUCCGGGGCCCUGCGCCCAAGGACAUUCCCGUGCCAUUGUCCCAUAGCAUCAACGGGAAGAGCAAGCCGUGGGAGCCCUUCGUGGCCGAAGAGUUUGCACAUCAGUUCCACGAGUCUGUGCUGCAGUCCACCCAGAAGGCCCUGCAGAAACAUAAAGGGAACGUGGCUGUGCUGUCUGCGGAGCAGAACCACAAAGUCGACACGUCCGUCCACUACAACAUUCCUGAGCUGCAGCCCUCGAGCCGGCUCCCUCUGCCCCAGCACAACGGGCAGCAGGAGCCCCCAGCUGGGAGGAAGGGCCCCCUCCCGCAGGAGAUGGACCAGGACUCAGAGGAGGGGGACGAGGAAGAGGUGGACGAGGAGGACGAGGACCCCCCCAGGCGCAAGUGGCAAGGGAUUGAGGCCAUUUUUGAAGCUUACCAAGAGCAUAUAGAAGAGCAAAACCUGGAGCGGCAAGUGUUGCAGACGCAGUGCAGGCGGCUAGAGGCACAGCACUACAGCCUCAGCCUCACGGCGGAGCAGCUCUCCCACAGCAUGGCGGAGUUGAGGAGCCAGAAACAGAAGAUCGUUUCAGAAAGGGAACGACUCCAGGCAGAGCUGGAUCACCUACGGAAGUGCCUUGCCCUGCCCGCAGUGCACUGGUCUAGGGGUUACUACAAGGGAUAUCCCAGGUGACGGUGUCCCUUGCGCUAGGCCGAACCUAUAGUAUAGAAAUUAUCUAUUUUAUUACCUUGAAUAUUUAAUAUUUUUCACUGGGAGGUUUGAAGCUUAAAAUAAUGAGAAUGUGCCAUGCAUGAAGCGAAGGAUUCCAGGCUCCAGGAAAAAGGAUGGACUCGCCUUGACUUCAAUGCGAUCGAAUCACCUUUGUAAUUCAGCGAGCGACCAAUGUAGGACGCCCAUAGUUUUUUCUUUUUACAGGCGGUUUUAUUCUUUCUUCCCCCACGUCAUUGUUUUUAAAUCUGAAAAUGAAGGCUCCGUUACCAACACUAAAACUUGAUCAUUUAUAGCCCCGGGUGUGUAAGAUGGGAUGAAACCGACUGUUCUUCUGUCGCCCUGUUUCUGUGCCUCGAGAACCCGUUUUGCUUUUGCUGCAGCAGGGGGUCGGCCUCAUUCCUCCCCAGGACAGAGGCCUGCCUCAGCUGAUCGAAGGUGGUGUGCAUUUUAAGUAAAGGGCUUAUUUGUUUUUACUUUUCUGCAAAAUUUUCUUCAAAGCAACAGGUCCUAGGAACACACAAAGAACAGUACUGAAGCCUCACCCAAAGGCUUUUCCCUGGAAAAGCUCUUACCUAGAGAUAAAGCAAAUCACCUGAAGGUACCUUUUUAUUACUCCGUGGGGGAAAAAAAUGUACAGAGCUCUAUGUAUACAUAUAUUCCCACCCACCGAAUUGUUACUGCAGGGGGUGGUGUUUUCAUACAACGUACAUUUUGAGAGAAAAGUCAAAGGUGCUUCAGCCUUGUACUGUGUAUAUAAAAAAAAAGUUUUGUAUGUUUUUAUUACUUUAAUUAUUGUUAUAAAAAGCCUGCCAUUUUUAAUAUGUGGUUUGGGGGGAUUUUUGUUUGUUUUCCUGUUUGGGGGUUUUUUGUUUGUUUUUUUUUUUCGUUUUGUUUUUCUGGGCAAAAAAAAAAAAACCUUGCUUUUAGUGUUUGUACUGCUGCUGGUCAGGACAUUAAAAUAUUGAAGUGUUUUUAAAAAUUAAAGAAGAAAAGUAAAAGAGCUUACCACUGGCGCCUACGCGAUCACUUCAUUUUUGAGUUGCACCAGAGGGAUGGUAGAAAGCCAUGCGUUACCCUCCCCCCAACCCCAGCUCUGGACGGCAGAGAGCAGAGGCGAGCAGCUGCUAUCACGUGAGGAGGGGCAGGCUAGCCGACCAUGGGAGCGGGACGGGUCCUGUGUGCUCACGUGGACAGGGCGCUUUGUUAAGAACGGAACCUUUCAGGAAGCGAGCGGUUUCCAUGAUAGAAUUCCAAGGUGUCUUACAGCAGUCUGAGAGCAGGUGCAGAGUAGAAAACUUUAGAGGCUUCGGUUAGAUGCAAAGCUUUGUAAAAGCCUCAAAGUAGGGUGAACAGUGUCUGAGCAGAACUCCUCCUCCUGAACUUAGGUGACCAGCACAGGAGCAGCCAGAAACUGGGAGAAUUAGAUCAGUGCAAAGCCGAGGGGGUUUUCCUUGUCCCGGUUACUGCUCAUUGAGGCAGUGCUUAAUCUCGAUCAGAAGGUAGCUCUUGCCCAAGUGGGCCUGACCCAGAGGCCAAAGCAGCCCAUGGCUGGUCUUUGGCAGGGGAGGCCCAGGCAGCAUGCCAGCCACUCCUCCCACCCCACCUUGCCCAGGCCAGGGGAACGGCCGGCCGACCUUCAGGCGGCUCCUUGCUGCAGUCAGCGGCCGCGCCCUUGGCCCCAGACCGUGGCUGUGCAGAACAGCUUGCUGGCAGAUGGCACGCUGUCACGUUAUCUGUUCCCACACAGUCUGCUCUGUAUGUCUGCCAAGAAUCUUCCAGUUAUUAGCAAACUCAGACAAAAAGUGCCACCAGUAUUAACAGCAGCCGACAGGCGCCUUCCUCUCCACAAAAACGACUUGCAGAGAACUAAGGGCUGUUCUGUGGGCCGUCUCCCCUGCAAAGACAUUUGAGAGAACAUGUCCCACAGGUGGGGACAGGUGUUUAGAGGGGGCUGACUGCCAACAGUCAGGGCAAAACGUCAAUGAAUUUCUCUACUUAAAAUCUGCUUGCUAUUUCUGGUCUGAAAGACAUUAAGAGUUACAUCUUGUCUUCCUCCAAAGCAGAAGAUGCCUGGUGCCUUUGCUAAUCAGCUUUGGUAAUGGCCUUGGCUGAAGCCAAAGGAAAAAGCAGAUCUAAUAACUUGAUGGGAAAGAAGAGCCCAGCCCCCACCCUUUACCACGUGAAGGGUGCUCCCUCAGGUGACUUGUCCAGUGAGGAGUUCCUGGCCUGUGGGGUGAGGGGUGCACCCCACAGGGUUACAGGGGAGGUCUCUGCCCAGCAGUACAAGCUAUGUCUUUCCCUCUGCGGUUGAAAUGCCACCUCUGUCCUACCUUGCACUUCUGUCAUUCUGCCUUGUCCUCCUCCCACCUGUCUGCAGACAUCUCUGAAGUAAUGUGACAAUCAGAAUAUAAAUAUAAACCAGUAAGGCAGCAGAAAUAAGGUAAGAAAGCAUCUUUCGAAAACAAAGUGCACCACUUAAGACACAGUACCCAGUAAUAGUUUUUCCAUCCAACAGUUGGUUUUAUAAUCUGAAAAUACCUUCAUUAGAUUCUGGAAGAACACAGUAGCAUCUAACUCUUCAGUCGGGCUUAACAAAAAUUAACAUACGCAAUUUGUUCAGCUAUUUCACAUUGCGUUUAAAACACAAAGUUCGGAAAUAUACCAAAUUUUCUCUAGAAUUGAUGCAAUCUUCCUGUCAGUAUUUUCAUGAAGACCUCAGUCCUUCACAGCCUUGUGUCUAACUAGCAUACAUGGCACAGGGAAGAGGCGGCUGCCAUCUGUCCUCUGGGGUGGGAGGAGGUUCAUUAAACUUAGGAGGGAGACCUUCCAGUGCCGAAUCACGUGGUUCCUUCCACAUGUACUCAGAUCAUGACAAACCAGAGCUUUCCCUAAAACUCGACGCUACACAACCUGAUCAUUUGAAAAUGGGUUGUUUCUCUUGAUUGGACAUAACAGAGCAGAACUGACAUGUAUCCUGGUCUUAAUCUGUUCUCUCAGAUAAGCAACCAAGAUAGGAUUUUCAACAGUUAAUAGAGUCUAAAGAAAGGAACUAAAAUAAUUGGCAGUAACAUUCUAAUAGAUGCCCUUAAGGAAACUCAAAAGAAUGUUAAAAGGAGCCCAUACCUUCACCAGCGGGGAAUGUGAACACAGGAAAUCUUGAGUGUGCACCUGGAAAGUUUUUUCCUGGAGUAGCUCACAAUGCUGCCAAAUCUCAGAAGUUCAGAUACCCCCCGCCCUCCCAAGAGCCACGUUUUAAAGUGUAGACAGUUCUGAGGAUCCACCACGAGAUGGAGACGGUCAGCACCAGCCCGGGCCUGUUACUCUUAGAUGUGUUAACCCCUUAGCCGCAAUCCUUGUUCUCU